AUGUGCUACAUCAGAGAUAUGGGGAACGCAAUCCAUCUGCCGUCGACGACGUUAGCGCCAACGGCCGUCACGUUACAUAAGCGACGCCGUCCAUAUUCGAAGUUCCAAAUCGCGAAAUUAGAGAGGGAAUAUAACAGCUCUACAUACAUUUCUAAGUCCCGACGCUGGGAAUUGUCCCAGCUUAUAAACCUCUCAGAAAGACAAAUCAAGAUUUGGUUCCAGAACCGAAGAAUAAAGGCGAAGAAAAUUACCAAACAUGACGGUGAUUCGGAUAAAGACGGUAGUCCGGAUGUCCCAGACAUUGGAAUGCAUAUGGGCCAAUGA